AUGAAGGAAAUAGAAAAAGAGAGAAUGAUGCGUCUGGAAGCAGAGCAGAGAUUAAGAGAGACCAGACAAGAGAGUGAUGCUUGUAGAGCUAGAUUAAAAUCAUUACAGGAAGAAUUCACAAAAAUGGAAGAUACAGUGCAGUCUAUGUUACAAUAUAAAACUAAAAUAGAACAGUUAAAACAAGAAAAACUCAACUUGGCAUCUACAUAUGAGUCCAGUAUCCAGAAACAUCGAAACCAUAUCAGUAAACUAGAACGAGAAAAUAUUUUAUUGUUAAAUCAAGUCAAGAAAUUAGAAUCACAGUCUUUACGUGAAGAAUGUAUCAAGUUACAGGGAAGAGUUCAUGAUCAAGAAUUACAGAACCAACAACUACGGACCAUGUUUAAAAAUCGUAUUCGAUAUUCUUCAGAUUCACAUUUACAGAAAAGUUCACCUCAGAGUUCCGACUCGAGUAAAAACAACAGUCUAUUGGGAAGCAGCAUUAGUUUUGAUGAAAGUUUUGGUCAACCUCAGAUGAGUUCCCCACCACCCUGGCUACGUGACAAGUUAGAAGAGAAACUAAGAAAUGGUGUUUACAACUCUGAUGGAGAUCUUCAUACCAAAAUAGAGACAGAAUUUCCCGCCACAAACUCCAGUCCAAAAAUUAAGCAUAUCAACGUUCAUGAUAGAAGUUACGGGUCAUGGGGUCGUACACCUCCAAAACCACAACGAAAAGGGAAAACAUCCAAUAAAUCUCCUCGAAACUCACAAAGUAUGUCUCCUAGAAAUUCAAGAAACAUGUCACAAGGUGCUACAGGGGGUCAUGUGCCUCACGAAAAAUCAUCAGAUAAAAAUGUGCCAUCACCGAUGCCGAAACAAACAGGAAGUCAGAUUCCUGUUUCUUCAAUCCCAGCAUCCUCUCAUUUGAAUCCUAUACGAUCAAACUCAAACUCUCCCAAACCAAAACAAUCGUUUCGAAGUCAAUAUUUCUAUGAUUACAGUGAUGAGGAUAGUGACUGUCGACCAAUGACCUUGAAGGAAGUGAGUUCGUCUUCCACUGUAUCUCUUAACGAAUUGCUUGACAGUAGUUUAGAGGAUGCUGAACUUCCAACAGACGAAGAUUUUUAUUCUGAUUGGUCUCCCAAAUCAAUGUCUCCAAAACCGUUGCCGACGGAUUUAAGUGCCAUGAAAACUAUGCAAAAUUUUAUGUUCCCACCCCCGCCUUUAAAAAACGGCAGUAUUAACUUAGGUGCAGAAAAAGUGUCACAAAAAAACAGUAUUACCUCAGACACAUUGCAAACAACCACGUCGCUAGUGGUAACCACGUCUUCACGAACCACAAUCACCUCAAAUUCAUCUGAUCUCGUUUCAAAUCAAUCACAAAAUGUACAAAACUCUGUGUCACAAUCGAUAACUAAUUCUGGACCUCAGGGUAGUGAACAAGUUUUGUCUGCGUAUGGAUACACCAAUGGAGCAAGUCCGAAAGUGAAUCGUCCUGAAAACUUAAUUCUGGCUCCAAGAGAGAAAAAUUUUAUGUUAAAUAGCCUUAGUAGUACUAGUUCAGAGGGAAAAACGAUCUCAACUUCUAGUCUGCACUCUUUAUCUGACAAAUCUCCUAUUUCUCAACCCACCUCCCCUGUUAAAAAAUCUUCACCAAAGGAUAGUCGUUGUAUUCCAAAACCUAAACAUUAUGUUGAGAUUCAAGUUAAAAAACCAACAGAACCAAAGAAACGUUCAGUUGUUGAGUCUCCUAAUAAAAGUAAAGUAGCAACAAUUGUACCAACUCCUCGCAGUCCCAAAAAGUCCCCACCUCCUGUUCCGAAAAAACCUGUGCGGACCAAUGUUACUUCUUCUAAACCCAAAACUGCAAAUGUAAAAAGUGUGGACCCUAAAAAACAAACUGAAGCCAAAAGUGCUGCAUCAAAAUCUCCAGGGAAAAAAAUCCAAGGAAUUGUGAAUCCGAUUGUUAACUCGGUAGUGAAUUCAGUAUUUGUUGAACCAAAUAAUUUUCCUGUGCUUGAUAUUGGAUUUGGUCCAAAGUGGCCCACACCGGAGACAAAUUUAGAGAGCAUCCGCGUGGAAAGGUCUGGUAGUCGUGACGAUGGCUACUCCACAAUGUCCAGUGAUAUUCAACCAGAAGCUAUGGAAAAAUUCAGUGAUGCCACCUCAGUUAAAAAAUCGGAAGCUAAAAAUGUGGAGGGUUGUCAGGAUUUAAAUUCUGAUCUGGAUUCUGCCAUGGAAAAUUCUACCCAUAGUGCAGAACUUCAAAAUUCUACUCAUAGUCUUUCGUCUCAAGUGUCAACAUCUAGUGGUGAAAUUCUUCUCAGUCCGGGAAAUAAAGUGCGGGAUAUGAGAAAAGUAUUUGAACAAGACACACAAACAAUAAAAAGUGCUAAAAAAUCAGCAAUACCUGUGAUAAAAUCAUCUCUCGGACCAAAAUUACAAUUUUUUCAAACAGAAAGUAAAAGUUUGGAAAAUCUGGCAACUGAAAAAGAAGCAGAGUUGCCAGAUUUGGCUGUAAAGACAUCCUGGAAUUAUCAUAGUUUUAAUGAAGUGAAGACCUCAUCUACAAAUAGAUCUUAUGGCUAUAAUGAAAAUCAGACAAUUACUCUACCACUAGGAGAAGAUCAAGUUUUAGAAGAUAUACCAGAAGAUCGUGAACUAGAAACUAAACAACCAUCAACAUUUAUUUCACGCUUUCCUCCUGAUUCCCCACCAACACCACCUCCUCACAGACCCAAAUCAUCACGCACCAAAUCUAGUCCAAGAAUAGCCCGUGCUCUUUCAGACUCAGAUAUACACGCAAAGCAUAAAUCUAGGCCAGCAACUCUUUUUGACGAUUUCACAGAUGGUCAGUGGAGUGAUGAGAGAAUAUUUGAACGCUCCACAUCUAUCACAGAAAUGGAUAUGAUCGAUUCCACCAAUCGAUACAUCAAACCUUCUGUCUGUCUCCUUUUAAAAGAAAAUUUAGAAAUCGACGAGGCAGCCAUUGCUGAAAAAGUGAAGAAUUUUUUCAAGCUGUUUCUCAUGUCAAAGAUGUCUAUGACUUCCUCAACAACAUCCUCAACUACGGAUAGUGACAGUGAUGGAGAUUUAGAAGCUGCUCUAAAGAUAAAUAAAGAGUGGGCCAAGAAAACAUCUAACUAUCGUCUACCAAUAUGGCAGCCACGAGAAACACUGGAAGCUCUGAAAAAGAGCUCCACACCAUCACCAGUUUCUAUAAAAAGUUUCGAUUCAUCACCAGCAGAAGAUUGGUUAUUGAAAUUUUCAAAAGAAGAAAUUGAAAGUCACUUGACAACCACUUCUGCCACCUUCAAUUCUUCCUCAUUGAAUAACUCACAAGAAAAUCAGAAUCCUUAUAUGGCUUAUUCUGAUUUAUCUCAUUUCGCCAGUUCCUCAGACACUUCAACAGUCAUUGACACACAUUCUUCUCCUGAGAAGGAAACUAACGUCAGUGGAGUCAAAGUUUUGAAUUUGUCUCCGUCAAGUGGAAGCGAAAGGAACUCUUUAGUCAGUGAGGAAGGAAAUAGUGAAGAUGGUUCUCAGUCACCAUCACUAGACCAGAAGAAAUUUCACAGUGAAUUUUACAGCUUGUGUUUAGUGGAGUCAAAUCGUAGCCUAGUUUCUAGCAGUAGUCAGGGUUCUGAUAUUCAUAAACUGGUUGCAAAGGACUCAUUUAAGGACUCUGUAGCUCCAAGUGUUAAAGAUCGGGAAUUUGAUGAAAUUACUCGUCAAAUACAGUCCCUGUCCAAAACAGUAAAUGAUCUUCACCAAAGCCUAACAAGCUUGAAUAGUGCUGAUUCUGAAUCUCGCGAUAGUCUCAUGGACUGCCAUCUUGCCAAAUCCAUUGACGAUUCUAAGCGAAACUCUAUGGACGGUUACCACUGGGAAGAAGAUGACUAUUACCUCACUUCCUGUGGAGGGGAGGUAAUUAUUGGUAGUGAUUCUUUAUUAGAUCAGAACAACUGUGCUGAGUGGAUCAAGGGACUGGAAGUUGAGAGAGAUGCCAAUGAAAGUGCUGAAAUCAAUGAGGAAUACUAUGAAAUCCAAGUCAAUGGUGAAAACUGUACACGUGUGUCCGGUUACGUUUAUAAUGGUAACUAUAGUGAUGAAGUAGGUGUCCAUGAUGACAGUUUUGAGCAAAAUGAUGCUGUCAGAGCGAAAAGUAGUAGCACCAAUCAGCUUGCAGAUCCAGAGCACCGUGCUAAUCUACUAGAUUCAAUGUUUGUAUCUGGAACUGAGAGUAAUGAUAGUUUAGCCACUGAUAUUGGACUAGAUUCUAUGAUGUGCCAACGUUUGGUUGGAGGUCGGAAAGCACGUCAUGAAGCUAUGAAAAGUAAUGCAUUACCAAGACAACCUUUAGAUUUCUCAAAAUUCUUCAUACGUUUCGACCAACCAGAGAAAGAAGCUGUAGCAGCAUUUAACUUCCUGGAAGAUAUUUCUACAUCCACCUCAGAAUCAGGGUCAGAACAAAGACUGUAUAACCCUGAAACAGACAGACAACUUCAAUCAGCUGAAGUCUACAUAGUUGAUAAUUAUCCAUCUCGGUCAAGAAGAGGGGAUAAGAUUCGACGUAGACGAAAAAUUGAAAAAUCACGUCCUCAACCUCGUUCUGCGUCUUCAACACCAGGAAAGUCUGCUGUCAAUCAUGAAGUCUUGUGUGUCUCCAAAAAACUGAAUGAAUCUUUAAAUACAUCUUCAGAUGCUCCAGAAAUUUGUGCUGGAAAUCUGUCACUGAGUGACUCUUGUUGUGAAAGUUUUUCUUCUUCUGAUCAGAGUGUGAAUGAUUUAACUAUGUUAUGA